AUGGGGGACUGGAACUUGUUGGGCAGCAUCCUUGAAGAAGUGCACAUCCACUCCACCAUAGUUGGCAAAAUCUGGCUCACAAUCCUGUUCAUAUUCCGGAUGCUGGUGCUGGGAGUGGCUGCUGAAGAUGUCUGGGAUGAUGAGCAAUCCGAGUUCAUCUGCAACACCGAGCAACCUGGCUGCAACAAUAUCUGUUACGACAAAGCCUUCCCCAUUUCUUUGAUCAGAUACUGGGUACUGCAGAUCAUAUUUGUCUCCUCCCCAUCCUUAGUGUACAUGGGCCACGCGCUCUACAGGUUGAGGGCCCUGGAGAAAGAGCGACAGAACAGGAAAGCCCACCUGCGGGCUCAGCUCGAGGACCUGGAACCUAUGCUCGAGGAACACAGGAGAGUGGAGAGAGAACUGCGUAAGCUGGAGGAACAGAAGAAAGUGAAUAAGGCACCCUUGAGAGGGUCCCUGCUGCGCACCUAUGUCCUACAUAUCCUGACCCGGUCGGUGGUCGAAGUGGGCUUUAUGAUAGGUCAGUAUCUUUUAUACGGGUUUCACAUGUCUCCCCUUUACAAAUGCACUCGGCCCCCCUGCCCUAACACGGUGGAUUGUUUUGUGUCCCGACCCACAGAGAAGACCAUCUUUAUGGUUUUCAUGAACAGCAUCGCCGCCGUCUCCCUCUUCCUCAACAUCCUCGAAAUCGCCCACCUGGGCAUCAAGAAGAUCCAGAAGAGCCUGUGCGGGCAGCCGCUGUGGCCGGCAGGCCCGUCCGAGGAGGAUCCCAUCGCGUACAACUCCAAGAAGAGCUCGGUGGUGCCUCCGCCGCCCUGCCUGGCCAGCAACGCCAGCGAGGAGGCGCCGCGGGCCGCCCCGGCGGGCGGAGGGGCAGGAGCGGCGGGGGCGGCCGCAGCCGCUCGCCGGGCGCCCCGCAGGCAGAGCCGGGUGAGCGCCUGCCGGGAUCUGGAUGAGGAGCGCGGCGACUCCCCGGACAGCGGGCACUGCCCCGGCACCCGCAAGUCCAGCUUCCUCUCCCGCGUGCUCACCGGGAGCCGGGCGGGCAGCGACAGCGAGAGCACCGCCUCCCGCGGCGGCUCCGGCCCCGGCCCCGGCCCCGGCCCCGGCCCCGGCCCUGGCCCCGGCCCCGGCCCCGGCUCCGGCUCCGGCUCCGGCUCGGAGGGGCAGCGCCGCUCGGAGGGCGCGCCCAGCCCGCCGCCCGCCGCCUCGGGACGCCGCCUGUCCAUGGCAAGUAGCGCCCGGGACAGCCCGCGGGAGGGGGGCGGCGGGGGGCCGCGGCAGCCCGUGCCGGCCCUGGGGAGGAGGGGGCGAGCCAGGGGGCAGAACGGCUCGGGCAGGACUUCCAACACAGCCCCAGCCCCUCGCGGCACCCCGGACAACGCCAAGCUCCCAAACGCUCGGCCUCCUUCUGCCGUGAAAGCAGGAAUACCAGGGAAUUACUGA